AUGGGGAUACCCGACUCCCAAAUUAUUUUGAUGUUAGCUGACGACAUUGCAUGCAAUCCAAGAAACGCUUUCCCUGGCACUGUAUUCAACAACAUGGACCAGGCUAUCGACCUAUAUGGAGACGACGUUGAAGUCGAUUAUAGAGGCUACGAGGUGACUGUGGAAAACUUUAUACGGUUGCUUACCGAUAGGUGGGACGAGAACCACCCUAGAAGCAAAAGGCUUCUCACAGACGAGAAUUCGAACAUUUUUAUUUACCUAACCGGACACGGCGGAAAUGAGUUUCUUAAGUUCCAAGACGCAGAGGAGAUUGGGUCCUGGGAUCUUGCGCACGCCUUUCAGCAGAUGUACUCGAAGAAACGUUACAACGAGAUCUUCUUCAUGAUCGACACUUGCCAGGCAAACACAAUGUAUGAGAAGAUCUACUCACCCAAUGUGUUGGCAGUUGGAUCGUCACGAAUCGACGAGUCUUCGUACUCUCACCACUCUGACUUGGACGUGGGUGUCGCCGUCAUCGAUAGAUUCACAUACUACACUCUUGACUUUUUAGAGAAGAUUGAGAAGAACUCCAAUGUCACGAUGGACAAACUCUUUGCUGAGUACACCUUUGAAAAUGUUCACUCAAAUCCAGGCAUACGAACAGAUCUCUUCCCCAGAGCGUUGAACGAGGUGCUUCUCACUGACUUCUUCGGCAAUGUGCAAGACGUCAUUUUGGAUGACGUAGAGCAGGGUAUUCUUGAUUAUAACCGCAGUAUUCCCAUCACUUCGAGUUCAAAGGAUGACUCAAGCGACUCUCAGGUUAUAGAGGCAAGCUUUAGUGAUGAGGACUAUCAUACUAAACAGUUACACCACGUCUCACAGAGGGAGGCCAAAGUCAUCACCGCUGUGUCUAUAGUAGCCCUUUGUCUACUAUGGACGUUUGCCAAACCCUAA